UGUAGUGGAAAAAUAAAGCCAGCUGUGUGCGGGGUGACUGGAAAGAGGCUGUGUGAUUUGCAUGCUUCCUUUCUGUGAAAGAGGAGUGGACAUUAAACACACACACACAACAUACACACAAGCAAGGCAGCACAGAUAGCCUUGUUUUCCUUUCUUUGUUUUUAUAUAACCCCUAGUGUUGCUGCAGCAUUUCAGAUUUCCCUUUCCUGUGCAGUGAGGUACAGUAGGGAGAGGACUAGUCGCGCAAAUCAAAGGACUGCAAUUUUCCUUAUGGUGUUAGCCUGUAGAGGUGCUCUGAAAACAGUGCCAACAUGACAGAGAGCGGUUUGACAGAUGAUCACCCUGUUCCGCCAGUAGAGAAGACAGACACCUCGGUGCCGUUUCCUGACGAAGAGGCGACCGAAGAGGACACAAAGACCGCGGAAAAGACACCCUUAAACGAAGACGAGGAGAAAGGGGACAAGAAUGAGGCGAACAAGGGAAGCGCAGUGGUCAAGGUGGUCUUGUCGAGAGACCCCGACUGCGCAGCCGAGGCAGAGUUUGAACACCCCGAAGGAGGAUGGGGCUGGGUCGUUAUGCUGGCUGCUAUGUGGUGUAAUGGAGCGAUUUUCGGUAUCCAGAAUUCCUUUGGCAUCUUUUUCAUUUCCCUUUUGGAUGAAUUUGGCUCAGCAGAUGACGAAUCCUUGAAGUUUAAAACAGCCUGGGUCGGCUCUCUUUCAAUGGGAAUGAUCUUCUUCUGCUCCCCGAUUGUCAGUGUGUUCACAGACCUGUUUGGGUGCCGGAAGACUGCCGUGGUUGGAGCUGCUGUUGGUCUAGUCGGUCUCUUUGCUAGCUCUUUUGUCCGCACGCUAGGUCCCCUGUACUUUACCUAUGGGAUAGUAUUUUCCUGCGGCUGCUCCUUUGCUUACCAGCCCUCCCUGGUGAUCCUGGGACACUACUUUAAGAAGCGGCUGGGCCUGGUGAAUGGCAUUGUGACGGCUGGCAGCAGCGUGUUCACCAUCACCCUGCCCUAUCUCCUCUCCUUCCUGUUGAGCCGGCUGGGUCUGCACAACAGCUUCCGCGUCCUCAGCAUCUUCAUGUUCAUACUCAUGCUGGCCGGCUUCACCUACAAGCCCCUGAUGCCCGAGCCCAGGUCCCCUCAGACGGGUGGGGCUCUGCGCUUGAGCAAGAUCUUCAACUUCAACAUCUGGAAGUCCGUGGGGUACCGGAUUUGGGCGCUGGGAAUCCCGGCUGCACUUUAUGGAUACUUUGUGCCUUACGUCCAUUUAAUGGCUUUUGUAGAAGAAAGCUUUGGCAAAGACGUAAAUAAAGAGAUUCUCUUGAUGUGCAUUGGAAUCACCUCGGGAGUCGGCCGCUUGAUCUUCGGGAGAGUUGCUGACUAUGUUCCCGGUGUGAAUAAAGUCUACCUGCAGGUGUCCUCGUUCUUAGUAAUCGGGUUGAUGUCCAUGAUGAUCCCGCUGUGCCAGGUCUUCGGUGGUCUCAUUGCCGUCUGCCUGCUGAUGGGGCUCUUCGACGGGUGCUUCAUCUGCAUCAUGGCUCCCAUUGCCUUUGAGCUGGUUGGGUCUCAGAACGUUUCCCAGGCUAUUGGGUUCCUUUUGGGGAUGAUGUCACUGCCCAUGAUUGUCGGACCCCCGAUUGCAGGCUUGCUGCGCGACACACUCGGCACCUACAAGGAGGCUUUCUACCUGGCAGGGGUCCCUCCCAUCAUAGGGGGGCUUGUGCUGUGCUUCAUCCCGUAUGUGGAGCGCAGGAAGCGGCAGCAGCAGCAGCAGCAGGAGGCAGCAGCACACAAAAUGCUGGAUAGUAAAGCCAACAGUGUCCUUCAGCCCUACAAUGCCCAUGAAGACAAGAAGGAACUGGAGUGUUCAAUAUGAAUACAUCAAAUAAAGACUUUCAUAUCUCAAAAGCUGAUCAGUAUAUGUAUAUAUGUAUACACAUGCUUAUAUAUCUAUGUACAGUAUAAUGCACAAUAAUCAUCCUAAUGCUGCUUUGCAGAGAAACCUGGUGAAAAAUAUGAAGUAAUGCUGAAACUAGGAAACAAAACUAGACAGAUGCUGCAAUCUUCUUGCUAAAGCUAUGCAUUUUUUUUUUUUACGUAGAUAUUUUUUUCUUUAAACCUAAAUCUGAUUACAACUCUGCUAUUGUAAAGGUUUUACACAAAAAAAGGGCCAGGCUCCACUGGGAAGAAGAGAGACUUUUUAAAAGUCUUAUAUUUCUUACAAGAGAACUGACUGAAUUACAAAAACAGCAGUUUUAAUAAUAUUUUCAUAAUAUAUGUAACUAUUAAUGAGUUCAAGCUUUCAGACAAGGAAACAUAUUUGUGCACUCCAAGCAGUUUUUCAAACGCUGAAGGGUAGAUGUACUAAGAUGGGCCAUUCGCAGCACAAACAUACCGCAAUUUGCAUUUUUGUUGCGACAGUUCACA